AUGGUCGGCCGUCUCCAAGGCAAAAACGCCAUCAUCACCGGCGCUGCCGGCGGCAUCGGUCUGGAAACCACGAUCCUCAUGCUCCGUGAAGGCGCGUCCGUCCUCAUGGCCGACAUCUCCGAGCCCGCACUAGCAAAGGCCCUCGCCAAAGUCAAGGAAGUCGUGCCAUCCUCUCCGCGCGUCGAAACCAUCCGCUGCGACGUAUCCAAGGAGGCCGAUGUAGCUGCCAUGGUCUCAACGCUCGACAGCUGGGGCGGCGUGGACGUGAUUUUCAACAAUGCAGGAAUCAUGCACGCGGACGACGCGGAUGCGAUCGAGACGCCGGAGAAGAUUUGGGACUUGACGCAGAAUAUCAAUGUCAAGGGUGUUUGGUUCGGGAGUAAGCAUGCCGUGCAGAGUUUCCGACGGCAUGGGAAGACCAAGGGGAGCGUGAUUAAUACUGCUAGUAUGGUUGCGCUCGUUGGGGCUGCGACGCCUCAGUUGGCGUAUACUGCUAGCAAGGGGGCUGUGCUUGCUAUGACGAGGGAGCUUGCUAUUGUUCAUGCGAGGGAGGGAUUCCGGUUUAACUCGCUCUGCCCUGCGCCUCUCAACACUCCUCUCCUCCAGGACUGGCUUGGUGAUGACAAGGAAAAGCGCUUCCGUCGUGAGGUUCACUUCCCAACUGGCCGCUUCGGCGAGGCUAUCGAGCAGGCCCAUGCAGUGGUCUUCCUGGCCAGCGACGAAUCAUCCUUCGUGAAUGCGACCGACUUUGUCGUCGACGGCGGAUUAACAAAGGCAUAUGUGACGCCCGAGGGACCGGCGACCGCGGCACCAAAGAACUUGGGUUCAUAG